CUUCUGGAAAAACGACUAAACGUCACGGUUUGCCAGAGAGAUUUGUUCCGGGAACAUCAACAGAUACGUGGGGACAGGAGGCCGCGAGUGACCGUCUCGGGCACAAAAUCGUUUUUUUAUCGCCCUUUUUCAAGAACUGGUGAUUGAAUGCACUGAAUAUACAAGGGUUACGAGCAUCUUGUCAUGGAGAACGUGCAGCCUGUCAGUCCAGAGCCAACCAGCAGGGGGAUCAUUUUGAUUCAGUUCCUGAAUCUGAAAUCAUUGCCACUGGCUUGCCUUUACUUGGUCGUGAUCUUCUUCUCCUCAACGUGGCAGAAGUACACCAAACCCCUGGAACUGCGGAAGAUCCUAUUAUUCUACAACAUGGCCUGUAGCUUCAUGAGCCUGUACACCACCCUUCUCUUCCUGCACGGCCUCAGCAUCGCAACUUCCAUCUUUCAGAAGGAGCUCUUCUCAGAACUGCAGCAGGCUUACUUCAUGUACUGGCUUGUUAAAAACGUGGAGCUGCUAGACACGGUCUUCAUGAUCUUGAGGCAUCGAAGCCGUCAGGUCUCCUUUCUUCAUGUCUACCAUCACUGCAGCAUGGUGCUUCUGAGCGACCUGACCUAUCAUUACUACCCGUGGCCCGCCAUUGCCCCGUUCCUGCUCUUCAAUUCAUCUAUUCACAUCAUCUUGUAUUUUUACUAUGGUCAGAGUGCGAUGAACCCAACGCAACGACCCGUGUGGAAAAAAAGAAUGACACAAUUACAAAUCACUCAGUUUCUUUUCGACUUGGCUCUUGCUAUCUGGGGCUAUCUGUUUCACGGAUUCUGUGUUUACAGUAUUCUGUAUGGUAUAACAAUGCUUUGCCUUUUCCUAAAUUUCUAUCUCAAAGCUUUCAGUUCCAAGAAAGCUACAUAAUUCUGUCUCUAAGUCAGAAAAUCUGAACUAAAUAUUAUUUUUCUUUUUGGUGAGCUGGUUUCAUUGUCUAACACAUUGGAUUUUCAGUGUUCUUCACUAAGCAAGUCAACUUCAAAUAGAUUGCACCUUAAUAUUGUAACUAUUUAGUAUAAAUAUAUAAUUUUAAAAUGUAGCAUAUAUUUUAAUAAAGAUUUUACAAUUCUUUCAAAUGUAAGUCAUCA